AUGGCGGCCGCGCUACUAGUGGUACUGGUGACCGCGCUCCUGGGCGUCGAGGGCGCUUCCGGGACUGCUGGCUUUGUGCAGGCACCACUGUCCCAGGAGCGUGGGCUGGGGGACCACGUGGAGCUGCACUGUGAGGCUGUGGGCAGCCCUGUCCCCGAGAUCCAGUGGUGGUUUGAGGGGGCUGCACCUGACACACCCUGCACCCAGCUCUGGGAUGGCGCCCGGAAGGACCGCGUCAGCAUCCAUGCCACCUACCAGCAGCACGCGGCCAGCACCCUGUCCAUUGCUGGCCUCACCAUGGACGACGCUGGCACCUAUGAGUGCCGGGCCAGCAACGACCCUGACCGCAACCACCUGACCCGGGCACCCCGCAUCCGCUGGGUCCGCACCCAGGCCAGCGUGUUGGUUCACGAACGGGGUGGGGUUUCCAUCUCUGUGGAUGAUGUGGGCCCCAAGACGCGCCUGACCUGUGCCCUGAACCACAGUGCCACGGCCAUUGAAGGCCACCGCUGGCUGCGGGGGGACAAGGUGCUCAAGGAGGACGCGCUGCCCAACCUGAGGACAGAGUUUGAGGUGGACUCGGACGACAGCGCAGGCGAGUACUCCUGCGUUUUCCUUCCCGAGCACGCCGGCAGGGCUAGUGUCUCGCUGAAGGGCCCUCCAAGGGUCUCAGCCGUGAGGAAAUCGGAGCACGCCAAUGAGGGUGAGAGCGUCGUGCUGAAGUGCAGGUCCGAUUCCUUUCCACCCGUCACGGACUGGGCCUGGCUCAGGAGUGCUGGUGCUGACAAGCAGGUCAUCGUGAACGGCUCCCAGAGCAGGUUCUUCGUGAGCUCCUCAGAGACGCGGUCGGAGCUGCACAUCCAGAACCUGGACAUGAACGCCGACCCCGGCACGUACGUGUGCAACGGCACCAACUCGGAGGGCACCAGCCAGGCUGCUGUGACGCUGCGCGUGCGGAGCCGUCUGGCUGCCCUCUGGCCCUUCCUGGGCAUCGUGGCCGAGGUCCUCGUUCUGGUCACCAUCAUCUUCAUCUACGAGAAGCGGCGGAAGCCCGAGGAGGUCCUGGACGAUGAAGACAUGGGCUCAGCCCCACUGAAGAGCAGCGGGCAUCAUGUGAACGACAAGGACAAGAACAUCCGCCAGAGGAACGCCAACUGA